GACCUUCUUUUCCAACAUCUAAGUUUUGUUUUCUGCUGUUUAUUGGUAACUUUUGGCAGCUGCAAUGGCUUCUUCAGAAAAAGACAUGAGCUCCUCAACUCUUUUGUCUCUUCUCCAGUGAUUGAUUUUGGUGGUUAUGGCAAAUCUUACAGCAAUGAGUGGUGUAAUGAGCUGCAGGUUGGAUGAGUUACAGUCAUCUGCAACAUGACAUACCAUAUCAAACUUCUUCCUUGUCAUUGCCCAUGUGCUGACACAGGACUGAUUUUGUUUCCAAAAGAAGAGUUUGCAGAACUGCACAGUGCCUGAUCCAAACAAACACUUUGAUGUUCCUAGUUGGACUACGUAGACUAUGUCAGAGAGUCACAAUGAUCCUGCACAAUAACACUACAGUCUCCCCCUUGUUUUCAAAUGUGAGCUUCUUCUGGAAUAGAGAUUCCCAGGGAACAAGGCUUCUUGAGGAUGCAACGUCGGUCAUUGGCAGCUAUGGUUUCCCUCAGACAACUGAGAGUUUUCCCUUGACUACUGUGGAAACAGCCAAUAGGUCACUAGAUGGCAUGAGUAAAGAUCCUUUGGGUGGACACACACUCUGGCAAGUAGUUCUGAUUGCCUUCCUCACUGGCAUCCUCGCACUGAUGACCAUCAUAGGAAACAUCCUGGUGAUUGUGGCAUUUAAAGUUAACAAACAACUUAAAACAGUCAACAAUUACUUCCUGCUGAGUCUUGCAUGUGCAGAUUUGAUCAUUGGUGUUAUUUCAAUGAAUCUUUUCACCACAUAUAUCAUCAUGGACCGCUGGGCUUUGGGAAGUUUGGCCUGUGAUCUAUGGCUCUCCAUUGACUAUGUAGCCAGCAACGCCUCUGUCAUGAAUCUCCUUGUCAUAAGUUUUGACAGGUAUUUUUCCAUCACCAGGCCACUUACAUACAGAGCUAAACGAACAACCAAAAGGGCUGGAAUGAUGAUAGGCUUAGCUUGGGUCAUCUCGUUCAUUCUUUGGGCCCCUGCCAUCUUGUUUUGGCAGUAUUUUGUUGGGAAAAGGACUGUGCCUCCUGAUGAAUGUUAUAUCCAGUUUCUAAGCGAACCUGUCAUCACUUUUGGCACUGCCAUAGCUGCCUUUUAUUUGCCAGUCACCAUUAUGACUAUUUUAUACUGGAGGAUCUACAAGGAGACAGAGAAACGCACCAAAGAGUUAGCAGGGUUACAGGCCUCGGGCAGCAAAGCUGAGGCAGCACGCUUCAUUCGCCAGACUGGUAGCUCCAGAAGCUGCAGCAGCUAUGAGCUGCAGCAGCAGAGUAUGAAGCGCUCCACCAGAAGGAAAUAUGGCCGAUGCCACUUCUGGCUUACAACAAAGAGCUGGAAUCCCAGCCAGGAUCAGGGGGACCAGGAGCACAGCAGCAGCGAUAGCUGGAACAACAAUGACGCCGCUGCUUCUCUUGAAAACUCUGCCUCCUCUGAUGAAGAAGACAUUGCCACAGAAACGAGGGCCAUUUAUUCCAUUGUACUGAAGCUUCCCGGUCACAGCACCAUCCUCAACUCGACUAAACUACCCUCAUCUGAAGACUUGAAUGGGUCAGGGGACGACUUGCAGAAGUCCAACAUGGGGUCAAAGGAGAGGAAACCUAAAAGGUUGCACUCCCAGAAGAGUGUGGAGGAUGGAGGAAACUUUCACAAGAACUUUUCUAAGCUUCCUGUUCAGCCAGGGUCAGCAGAAGAGGCAGCCAAGGUUUCCGACGGCAUUCCGUCAGCGGCUAAGACAUCAGCAGCCCUGCCUUUAUCCUUCAAGGAAGCAACCCUGGCCAAAAAGUUUGCCUUGAAGACCAGAAGUCAGAUCACCAAGCGAAAACGAAUGUCACUUAUCAAAGAAAAGAAAGCAGCACAGACGCUCAGUGCUAUUUUGUUUGCCUUCAUCAUCACCUGGACACCAUACAACAUCAUGGUUCUGGUGAACACCUUUUGUGAUAGCUGUAUCCCCAAAACAUUUUGGAACCUGGGGUACUGGCUUUGUUACAUCAAUAGCACAGUGAACCCUAUGUGCUACGCAUUGUGUAACAAAACAUUCAGAACCACUUUCAAGAUGUUACUGCUGUGCCAGUGUGACAAACGGAAACGACGCAAACAGCAGUAUCAGCAGAGGCAGUCAGUCAUUUUUCAUAAGCGGAUCCCCCAGGAGGCUUCAUAGAAUAGUAUUUUUAACAAACAAAAAACAAACUGUCAAAGGGCAUGUGGGAGGGGGAGUGGUUCCCGGGUGCUGAUACAAACGUUUCAUCAUCAAGACGUGAGAGCAGCUGCCAGGUUUAUGUAUCCUUUUAAUAAAUCCAGUUUAAUAUUAAAAUCAAAUCUGCAUUAAGCAAAAACAAACAGACUUCAAGGUUUUUUAUUAAGGAAAUGAAAGACUAAAUAAAGUUUUCCUACAAAAUUACAAGAAGCUGUAGAGCAAUUAUGAACCCGUUACUGAUCAGCCCAGUUUUUUGGUUGUAAUCAACUCUGGGAUCUCAGGUAAGCACAUCUAGCUAGACCAGUUCCAGCUGUUUCCAAGGAAUCAACAGAUUUCAAUUCAAGUCACAUAUGGAUACAGCAAGCUAGUUAAACAUUGUUAUGAAAUUAUUUAAAACAUUGUAUAGGUUGCAAAACUGCUUCUUCUUGUCCCAGUAAACCUUCUUGUCUCCUCUUUUGGUGUGAUUCUCCUCGUAGCCCUGAUUCUUGAACCUUACGGAGUAUCUAUUUGUGCAGCUCAUGUUAUGUGUGUGUGUGAAUGCACAAGUUACACUCCCACUCCACCAUUUAUAUAUAUAAAUAUACCAGGAAAGAAGUGAUCUAUCAAUCUAAAUUCUUACAUGGGUCCCUAUCAUUGUGGUAUGUGAGUGAAAUAUAUGAUUUGACAAAUUAGUCUGUAAAUGUAAAUUUAUUUUGUUAUUUGGAAAUUGAAAUUCUAGUGUAUAUUUGAAACAUAAAAUGCACACCAUUUAGAAAGAGGUAAAUAAUCACAACCUGUCCAAAAAUAAAUCCACGGAUUAUUGCUGUGGGACAUAUGCCAACCUAACCUUUAAUACAGAGAUGCAGCCAGAUAAAAUUCUGUAUGUUUGCAGUACCGUAUUUCAGUCCAAGUGAUAAUGCCUCCUCGGAAGCACUGGCUACUGAGCUCGAAGUUGAGCACAGGAUUCUGGAAUCUGUACUCUCUGCAAGCUGCAUGUCUGUAUUAAAAGUGAUGAAAGUUGGAAAAGUCUGCAUUUUAUGCAAAUAGAACUUUCACAGACUGCCACUGUGGCCUUCAGUUGCAAAAAGCUUGUGUAGAAGAAAUCCUUGAUUGUUUUGAACCUGAAGGACACCUACUCUAAAACAUUUCUUUUUCACAAUCUGUUUGAAAAGCAUAGUGGGUAUCACCAAUUUGCAAGCUGGCACUUUCUGAUAAAGAAAACAAAAAGGGGCUUUAAUAUUCAUAAUUUAAACAAGGCCAAUAUUUCCUGGUAUUUAUGAUGUAGUCUGCACCAAACAUAGUGUGCUUUAUAAAAGUCAGAGAUCCCCUGAGGAAAGUACUGUACUUUUAAGAAUUGUUCUAAAUCUUAUUUAGUUAUAUGUUGAAAGAUAAUUUGAUAUUAGCCUUUGAACUGACCAAAACAAUUUUUUCCUGACACUCAUAUUUUGCUGAAAAUAAUAAUAAAACAAAAAACAAAACAAACAAACAAAAAAAUCCCAACAAAUUUCCUUUAUAAAGAGGCAUCAGUGUUGUGAACACAGAACUGGUAUAAAAGCUGCUUUUGUAUUCUGUGUGAGAUGGUGUUUACAGAUGAUUUUGACAGCAGUGGAAGUAUAUUAAAUGGUGUCUGUAUAUGAACUAUUUAAUUUUGUGUUAUGUUUAUAUGAAGAAAUAUUUAUACAGACUUCACCAAAUGUUUUAUUUAAUGUUGAUAAAUAUUGCUCUUCAGUCUUCAACUGUAGUGUCCUUUUCAAGUGAUUCAUAAAGGUCCGCUUGAGCAAUGAAUACAGUAUACCUAGCUUUCAUGUCACUAAAGCAAAUAUUCGUACUCAUAACAUUCAUAGUUUUUUAUUGUUUUUGUGGUAUGAGUUAUAUUAAAUGUCUAUCUUAAACAAAGUUUGUAGCCUAUGCUCUAGGUCUAGUGAUAAGAAAAACAUAGGCCUUGAGCUGUAGAUCAAUCACAUUUCAGGGUGGAGAAACCCAUAAUUUACUGGUCAGUUUUGUUUGCCACAUACAACCAAAGACUUACAGGGAGCCACCAAACUCUUUCCUAAGCUGCAUAGAGAAUCACAGAGCUUUAUUUUACAGAACUGUGUAAGAACGAAGUGCAUAUCUGCAGUACAUUUCAUUACUCAAGUUGACCUUCUAACUAAUGUUUGAACAGUUAUAGAUAUAUAGAGAUAUAUACAUAUUGCCAACUUAUUAUAGUCUGAUAAUUAGAGUAGUGCAGUGCCCUCUAAUUCACGAAGUAUGAGAGCAAGUAAGGAAGCCAGAGUUCAGCAAGAGACUAUUAUAUAAUGGUAUUGAUUUUACUAUGGAAAAUUAUUUUUCUACCAAAG